GUUCUGGAUGAUCUGGACAACACGGCGCUGCCCUACUUCACCUUAGAGAUGUCGGGGACGGGGCCGGACAUCUCGCAGGUGCACUGGAAGCAGCAGUGGCUGGAGAACGGGACGCUGUAUUUCCACGUGGCUAUGAGCAGCUCUGAGCAGCAGUCGCAGGUCACGCAGCCCACCGUCCGGGAACCACCACACGUCCUGCACGAACACAUGCACCUGCUGCACAUCUCCGUCAUGGGUGGUCUGAUUGCUCUUCUGUUAGUUAUCCUACUCUUCACGCUGGUACUCUAUACCCGUCAGCGCUGGUGCAGGCGUCGUCGUGCCCCUCAGAAGAGUGCCAGCACCGAGGCCACGCAUGAGAUUCACUACAUCCCCUCUAUUCUUUUGGGCCCUCCGCAGAGCAGGGACAGCUUCCGUGGGCCCAGACCCCUCCAGCACAGCUCUGUCAUUGGUAUGCCCAUCCGCGAGACCCCCAUCCUCGACGACUGCGACUGUGAAGAGGACGAGCAGCCCGGACAUCUGCUAGAUGGGAAAGCACAUCUAGAAGAUGACUUGUGCAGCCAGGGCACCCACAGUGUGGACAGUCUGGGGAAAGGCAUGGGAGAGGCCAACCAUAAACACAGUCUGGAUAACAGAGCUUGUUUCAUACGGGACCUUGAACUUCCUGUAUGGAUCAGAACUCUGCCUGGGGUCUUUAAUACAGAGUCGCCCUGCUCUAAAUCCUCUGAGACUGGCGACACGGGCAGGGGGGCGCCGCUGGGCGGAUCCGAUAGCAGAUGUCCUGCGUGGAAAUACUAG